AUGGCCGCUCAAUUGUCUGCUGCUCUCCUUCUCCUCCUUACGUCCAUGGCCCGCACCGAAACAAUUGGAAUGUCGGAGGAAUUGGUGGAUAGGGCGGUUCGAAGUUGUUGUGACAUACAUCGACAUAGUUGCUGCAAGGACUCGAUAAGCUACAAGUGAGCGGUUCAGGAUUUGAGAAACAUGUCAAGAGUUUCAUUACUAGAUAUCCGAUCCGAUGUGGUUUCGAGGCAAUUCCAUUACUGCCGAUUCAGAUUCACGAUUGUAUUCAAGGCGUUUUGUUCGAGAAUGCUCCAGAAAAAAGGCUCGGGUUGGACUGUGAGUUGUCUUCUCUUCAAACAUCAUCUCGGUUCGAAUUUGCAGACGCAGCGUGCUGCUCGGUCUAUGGACACCCCGGGGACGAGUUUGAUUUUCAUUGUCAGCGGAAUUGUAACAAGUCAAUGUCCGCUCCGUCACUAGAUAGAGAGACCAAAAUUGAAAGAGCGAUGAGCUGUAAGGUGUGGGAACACCCUCGCGACAAGGUAUCUUUUCCAAUUCUCAUUUUUGAAUCCCCUCCCCUUAAAACAGAUUCAGUUUUGGACUUUAAGUCAACAAGACAAAAUUUCAGUGCUUCACAAAAUGCAUGGAGAUUCGCAAAAGAGGCAUCAAGAUUGAAGUUCUCCGCUUCAAAGAAUAUUGUGACCUCACCAAACCAACAACCACAACCGUCUCAACCACAACCAUUACCGGCACGGUUCUCUCGUCAUUUUUCAACUUCUUCACUUGGUUUGGCGAGUUCUUCUGAUUUAUCAGCAAAAAUUCUACUAUAGGACAUCUGAACCGAUCUCGCUUCUCGCAUUCCUCAUUAUUUCGACGUUAACUUUGAGCUUCUGGAAGAUCAAGUCAAUUUUGUCAGUAUUUCGUCUUAAUAAAUCCUCUUAAAAGAAAGAACACGAUUGAAAGCGUAUCGAUGCUUAUUUAUUUUUUUUUCCCCUUCGUCACGACCUAAUGUACCCACAUUCGCAGUUUUUGGCAAAAUUCGAGUGGUGAUAAGAGUUUGAUGGUAGUUCUCCCAUUCGGUAUUGCGCGUCGGAAUGGAAAGGAAAGACCACACUUCUUUAAGACACUUUUAGAGACACAGGAGAAUUGUCAGGUCUCUCGACGUCGUCUGUUGAAAAAGCAAUGCGGCAGGAGCCGAGAAUGUGCUCCUGGCCGCGGUUUUUCAAAUUGAUUCUCCGACCCGAAACGGCUAGUCAAUCCUUUCCGGUUUUUGCAUAUUGUGUUUGCUCCCUGACUGAAUCCUAUCCAAUAUUUCUUCCACAAUGAGUACAUUUUCCAAAACGCUGGUGCAAGUUUCUGAUAGUCGCACCCGAAAUUGCGACCGUUGAUACGUUCGUUAUCAACCACAACUUGCCGGUUUUUGUUUAGGGGGCGGCGCCGCAGACUAUUCAGAAAAAUAUGGAACUAUUUCGAGUCCCGCCUCCAAAUCAGUCGGAAUAAAAAGGAAACACAGAGGAGGGCUUGUUUGAGUUCCACAAAAUGACAAAGUCAGCGUUACUCCUAAUUCUUCUCGUCUUUCUCACUUUGCUCGUCGAAGCUCGUCACCGCCAUCACCGUCAUCACCGUCAUCAUCGCAGAUAUGUCAAUGUCGACGUCGACAGCACCACAUCUCCGUCCUCCACACCCAAGCCAACGUACGAUGGCGAAUUCCUCUCCCGAAUUCCAGUCAAACAUUGCAACUCCACUGCAGGACUUCUAUUUGUGAUGCAGUUCUGCCCGAAACUUUGCCCAUUUGGAUGUGAGUUUGCGUUUUUAUUAGAUAAAACGUUUGAAACUUGAAAAUUUCAAUAAUAUUUUUACAGCUUAUCCGAAACACGAAGAAUUUUGCAAGUACGGCACAUCACCCUACCACAUAAAGCGGAUGUGCUGCCCAGAUUUCGGAAUGUAUUAUAAUGACUGA